CUGCUCCGCCUCUUACAACCCUUCUGAAAUUCUGACGUCAUCUCCGCCGGCUGGCGGGGUUGGUCGGAGAAUGUUGUUGUUUGAUGAGUAGCAUGGUGCUAUGAAGGUGGAACUGUUUCGGUUGUGGCUGGAAUAUAACAGACACGAGCAGUUUAAUACUUCCGUUAGUAGUCCCCAUUGGGGGUCAACUAUACCAAAAUAUGGAAGCGGUUAAGUUGGAGUUCCCUACUUUGCCCCCAUCUAAAGAAGACGCUGAGGACUGGUCAUACCCCAAGAGAAGAGAAAUGCAGGAGAUUUUACCUGGUCUGUUUUUGGGUCCUUAUUCUGCAGCCAUGAAAAGCAAGCUGCCGAUUCUUCAGAAACAUGGGAUAACCCACAUAGUGUGUGUAAGGCAAAAUAUUGAAGCUAAUUUUAUUAAACCAAACUUUCCCCACCAAUUUAGAUAUUUAGUGUUGGAUAUUGCAGAUAAUCCUGUUGAGAAUGUAAUACGUUUUUUCCCAAUGACUAAAGAAUUUAUUGAUGGAUGCUUACAAAAUGAAGGUAAUGCACAACAUUUUUAUUAUAGUCUGACAGUUAACAAACGGUGA